AUGCCAACGAGGAGGACACUGUGCCGGGAAGGAGAUCCAGAAAUUCUGAGGGGUCUCUUGAGUCUAAGAGGAGGGGAGAAGGGAUCAGGAGCGGGAGCUGAGGGGAGGGAGAGGCCGGUCCGGGUCUGGCCGCGGCAGCUGCUCGCCCGAGGUCUCCAGGCCCGGCUGCGGCUCCGUCCUCCGUUCCUGGGCACCGUCUGCGAAGCUCCGCGGGGCCAGUGUAGGAGAGCUGCAGGCGGCGACCACCGCAUCCUGUCAGCAAAGGACGAGCGGGCCAGGGAGAUCCUGAGGGGCUUCAAACUAAACUGGAUGAACCUCCGGGAUGCUGAGACAGGGAAGGUACUGUGGCAAGGAACAGAAGAUCUGUCAGUCCCUGGAGAGGAGCAUGAAGCCCGUGUUCCCAAGAAAAUCCUCAAGUGCAAGGCAGUGUCUCGAGAAUUGAACUUCUCUUCAGCAGAGCAAAUGGAAAAAUUCCGCCUGGCAGGGCAAGGUCUGGAAGAGUGGUUCUUCGAGUUUGGCUUUGUGACCCCGAACUCCACAAACACCUGGCAGUCCCUGAUAGAGGCAGCGCCCGAGUCCCAGAUGACGCCCGCCAGCGUGCCGACUGGGAAUGUUAUCAUAGAGACAAAGUGUUUUGAAGACGAUCUUCUUGUAAGCACAUCCAGAGUGAGACUUUUCUACGUUUGA